GGACCAUAUAAAUAUAUAUAUAUAUAAACACUUUCUCAUAUAUAUCUAUGGUGCGGACCAUCUGAAAGCCUAACAUGGACUUCAGCGUGACGAAAAAACUUUACCUACGGCUGAAUUAAUAGAAAAGUCUGCAUUGACUUCAUAUAUUUAGUUAUUUGUGAAUGGGCUCGUGGGUAGUUUUUUUCUUUUGAAAUUGACAAGUAACAACAGUGAGACGUUGGAUGUUCCCGGUCACAGGCGCAAAUUCGUGUUGCGCCGGAUAAUUUUUGGCGCUUUGAAAAUGCGUUAUGAAGUGAGAGGAAGGAUGACGAUGACCCUGAGAAAGACAAAGGCUAACCUCAUCACAGGACUGGUUCUCGUUUUCCAGCUACAAAUAAGCUUAAUGAAGCUGAAAUCCGCUAAUGGAGUCUACCGGACUAACACACAGGGGCUGCCUCCUCCAGAGGGAGGCUCCUAUGUAGCUGCAGGGAACCACAAGCCCAGGGAGAGGAGUCCAAGGUCUGGGGCCCCUGGCUGGGCUGCAGAUAAAAGGGGCCACUACAGAGACCAGCACCAACCGGAGGAGUCAGAUCCAGACCUGCUGAUGGAGGAGGGACAUGACAAUUCUACACAGAUUGUGGACAUUGAUCACGCCUACUAUACAUCUAAAAUCUACGCUCCUGGAGACGCAGCCAGCAAAGAGCUGUGGGUGAACAUUGAUGAGAUGGAAGAGGAGGAGUGUAAAGUCUGUGGCUUCCUGUCCAGCACCCACAGACAAGCUGAGAGAGUGAAUCUCUCCUUCCACUUCCCUUUCUACGGUCAUAUACUUAAAGAAAUCACAGUGGCAACUGGAGGUUUCAUUUACACUGGAGAUAUAAUCCACCGGAUGCUCACAGCCACUCAGUACAUCGCCCCUUUAAUGGCCAACUUUGACCCAAGUCUGUCCAAAAACUCUACUGUGUUUUACUUUGAUAAUGGCACUGCCCUGGUGGUCCAGUGGAACCAGAUCCACCUCCAAGACAACAUCAGUCUGGGAACGUUCACCUUCCAGGCUGUUCUGCACAGUGAUGGACGCAUUGUCUUUGCAUACAAAGAGAUUCCUUUAGACAUAAGCGACAUCAGCACUGAGAAUCAUCCUGUCAAAGUGGGUUUGUCGGAUGCUUUUGUGGUUCUUCAUGAGAUUGAGCAGAUCCCAAAUGUUAGGAGGAGAACCAUUUAUGAGUAUCACAAAGUCGACAUCCUCAAGUCCAAAAUCUCCAAUUCAACAGCUGUUGAGAUGCUCCCUCUACCUACGUGUCUCCAGUUCUCCAGCUGUGGUCCAUGUGUCACUUCUCAGAUUGGCUUUAACUGCAGCUGGUGCAGUCGGCUACAAAGAUGUUCCAGUGGCUUUGAUCGUAACCGCCAGGACUGGGUCGACCUCGGCUGCCCGGAGGAGAGAAGAGAUUCCCGAUGUCUCCAGAUGACAGAUGUCACAAACGCCACAUCUCGCCACCUCACGGACACAACCACUCCUGCUUCUACCACCACAGUGCAGCAGAGGACCUCCAGCAUGACCUCUGACCCCCUCCGCAGAACCGCCACUGUCACUAAACCCUCAACACACAGCAGCGCCAGCAGAAGAAUAAUAUCCACUCGACAGCCUCCAACCAGCAAACCUGCAGAAGAUGACACAAAGGUCUCUUUUCACAUCAAUGAUGCACGAGACGAGGACACCUCAGGAGAGAGCGAUGAUUGGCCGCAGACCGGCCUACUGGCGGGCAUCGUCAUGGUGAUGGUCAUCAUGGGAGCAGGCGUCCUCGUGUCCGUCUACAUGUACAACCACCCCACCUCCAGCGCCAGUCUCUUCUUCAUGGAGCGGCGGCCAACCCGCUGGCCCAUCAUGACGUUCAGGCGCGGCUCUGGUUGCCCGUCCUACGCCGAGGUGGAGACUCCCGGUCAGGACAAAGACACGGUGGUCAUCGACCCCAAACAGUCUUUCGUCAUGUCGGACAGAAGGGAGAGCGAACAGAAAGAAGGAUUCAUAGUUCCUGAUCAGAGGGAGCGCUUCCUUGUCUCAGAGAGCUCCUGACCAGGACUACGUAUCCCAGAAGGCUUUGGGACAGAGCUGGAUCUCGUGAGGAAGACUUUUUAUUUUCCACUCGGCUGUUGCUCGAGUUCAUUCUAAGGACAGAAUUGAGUGUUCAGAGAGGAAACCUCUGUGAGGAAAAUGUUUAAUUUACAGUUCGGCUUCAUGUUUGCAUUCAGCUUCAUGAGCCGUUGGACUGUUUUCAUGCCAAACUUUAAAAAAAAAGAUAAAAACUUGUAUUUAAUCUGCUCAGGUCAUUGGUUCUUGUUUACUGCAGCGUCACUGAGAGCGAGGUGACGCUGCCGAAUGUUUGUUUUGAGUCCAUUUCUCUCAAAGACGGCUGUUAUUUUCCAGAGCUGUUAUGUGUCGUUCCCACACCUUCUUCACAAGGAGGAAUGUCAUAUUUGGGUGUCAUUUCCUCAUCUCAAAAAUACUGACUAAAUUCCUCACCAUUACACCCACCUGCAUCUGAGGGGAAAACAGGGCGCACAGUGUUUUCAAUGCUGUUUACCUCAGAGCCUAACACGUUUUUACAGUAAAGCAAAUGUCUGCAACUUUUUACAAUUUUAC